ACUAGUACAACAUUGGGGUGGAGCUGCGAUCAUCCCUCUCUUGAUGUAGAAUCAGAGUUGCAGGUUUUACCUGGGGGAGCGCCAAGGCCUGCGUCCGUUGAAGAAGAAGUAUCCGGUUGGGGAUAGAAGGAGCCAGCAACCGCAGCAGCGGCCCGCCAAGUUGCCGAACACAAUCGCCGACCUUCCUCCUCCGCCGCGUAGUGGGUUCGGCCGAACCAGGGCAGUGGUUUCCCCUUUCUCCGGUUCAAGUUUCGUCGUUAAUCCAGGUUCGGGCCUUGUGGAGCAUGUUUGCAUAUUCAGUGGUCCAGGGUUCAAAACGUACGUACGGGAGUCACUGUAGCAAAAUGGUCAUGUAUGGUGGUCACAUACGUACGAAUGGUGGGAUUGCGGGUAUUCCACUGAUGGACCCUGCGUGGAUGGUGCAGCUCCUGCAGCAGGUGCUCAUCAUGAACCAGAAUGCUAUUGCGCGGACUCAGCAACCACUACAAAAAAAAGGAGGCAUUAGCGACAGGGGUCAAUAUGUCGCUAAAGGUUGGAUAUCUGUCGAUACUCGCUUUUAGCGAUAGAUAAUUGUCUAUCGCUAAAAACUCCGGCAGUAAAAGUAUUAUCGACAGAUAAAAUAUAAUGUCGCUACAAUAGUGUAAUAGAGACAGACCAAAGAUGUCGCUAAAAAGAGAGGAGUACUGACAAAACAUAUAUGUCUCUAAAACAUGGAUUACCGAAAAAAAUAGUGUUUGUAAAU